AUGUUUGGCAAAUCCAGCUUUGGAUCAACAGGCUCCACCUUUGGGAGCGCUGGAAGUUCACUGUUUGGUCAGAACAAGCCGACAACAAAUCUCUUUGGUCAGCAGAGUGCUUCCACCCAAGGUUCAUUAUUUGGCCAGAAGUCCACAACGAAUCUGUUCGGCCAGAGUACUCCUACCGCAGGGACUUCAAUUUUUGGGUCGUCGAAUACGGGGUCCACCACUGGAACAUCUUUGUUUGGGCAAUCAAAACCGUCUCUAUUUGGCGGCUCUUCUACAACCGGUACGACAUCGCUUUUCGGCAGCUCCACAACUUCUACAGGAGGCGGUCUAUUCGGAUCUACCGCCUCCACUGUAAAUGGAACCACUGUCAAGUUUGAGCCACUCGUCUCUUCAGACACAAUGAUGAAAAACGGUUCACAAACCACAAUACAGACUAAGCAUAUGUGCAUAACAGCUAUGAAAGCUUACGAAGGGAAGAGUAUAGAGGAACUGCGUAUAGAAGAUUAUAUCGCUAACAGAAAAACACCAUCUGCAAGUGGUGGUCUGUUUGGUAGUUCAACUGCGACCAAUGCGGGUAGCAGCAUUUUCGGUAGUACUCCUGCCAAGCCAUCAUUAUUCGGGUCAUCUACGUCAACAACUUCACCGUUUGGCGCAACGCAGGGUACCUCGCUGUUUAGCCAGAAUAACAAUGCUACUCAGGGUUCUUCCCUAUUCGGCAGCAAGCCAACGGGGAGCCUUUUUGGUUCUCCGGCGACAGGAACAACUUCGACGUUUGGAUCCACUGGGGGCAGCUUAUUUGGCAAUACGGGUACUUCGACCUUCGGAACGCCUCAGCAAACUGGGUCACUGUUUGGCGGCUCCACAUUUGGCGCUGCGCCUACAACGACGAGCUCGUUCACUUUCGGCUCCAAUACAAAUACAACUGCAUCUCCGUUUGGUCAGACCGCAACUUCAACAACUGGGGGAUUGUUUGGCUCGAAUACUGCUGCUGCGAGCACAGGCAGCUUGUUUGGUAAACCUGCUGGAACGAGCACAUUUUCCUUCGGAACUCCAUCGAAUACGACAUUUGGUCAAACAACGUCAGGUGGUCUUUUCGGUAAUACUCAGAAGCCCGGUGGAUUGUUUGGCAGCACUACUAACACUACUGGAGGUUCAUUAUUCGGCAGUCAACCUGCUCAGCAAAGUACUGGUCUAUUUGGUAGCACACAACCAGCACAGACGUCACUAUUUGGAGCAAAUACUGCAAAUCAGCAAGCGAAUACUAGUCAAACAACGUCAGGUGGUCUUUUCGGUAAUACUCAGAAGCCCGGUGGAUUGUUUGGCAGCACUACUAACACUACUGGAGGUUCAUUAUUCGGCAGUCAACCUGCUCAGCAAAGUACUGGUCUAUUUGGUAGCACACAACCAGCACAGACGUCACUAUUUGGAGCAAAUACUGCAAAUCAGCAAGCGAAUACUAGUUUUGGUGCCGCUGCUCCAACCACAAUAAAUGUUCCUGCUGCUGCUCCAAUCGUACUAGGUUCUGAUGUUAAUCAAGCUCAGAUUCAAAUGGCGCUCCUGGAUGCACAGAUCGCAGCAUGCCCCUAUGGUGAUUCACCGUUGUUAAAGAUGGGCAGUGCGAAGGACACAGAUGAUACCCCGAAUCCUAUAAAUACUCAAAGACAACUCAAGUUUCUGGCGGCGAAAAGUGCCAAAUCAUCUCCUUUGAAUACAUCAACAUUGAAUGGAACUACUGGUUCUCCUUCUCUAAAUGGCUCCUUGAUUUCUUCGAAGAGCUCUUUUCUGCCUGUUGUUCCGGCUAAGGUUGGCGACACGGUGAAGCCCUCUCCAAGGGGACGAACCGCAGCUAUUCCUGGACGAGAUCUGAGUUAUACCCCUAAUGUUGCGCCACCUACGUUGGGUAAAGGAAUCCGCACAAAUGCGCUGAACAGCGCGAAUUCCAUCACGAAGAGGAGCCUCGACGGGAGUCUUAUAAACAAGACAGUGGAUGCAGCCAUAGAAACAUCACUUGCUAAUGGGACAAAUAUGCCAAACUCUGGAAGGCGUCGAAAUCUUAAACAUCUGGAUUUGUCCAUGGUCAUGCAGGUCCUUGGUUCUCGGAGCUCUGAAGGCGACGACGAAUCCCAGGGACGUGAUCCAGAUGAGUUACCAUCUACGGAUAAUUAUGCUGUGGAUAACCACGAAGUGUAUAGUCCCGAACUCGAUCCCAGGGAGGUGGCCAUCAAACGAGGAGAGGCUUGCAGAAAUGGUACCCUGCCGCGUUUUCAACUUGACGGUAGUGCUUGCGAAGAGUCAGUGAUGGCUUCGAGCAAAUCUUCUGUUGCUCAAGCAACAACGGUAACAUCAUCAAGUGCUUCGUCUGAAACGGCGCGCACGUCACCACGAGUUGUUACCUCGUCCUCGUCACAAGCUAUUGUGCGUCUAAAUGCACCAGAUUAUUUCACUGAACCGACCAUAAAUGCAAUGCGUGAAAUGGUGGUCGAAGGGAAGGUUAUCCUGAAUAAUGGACUCACGGUUGGUCGCGCUACUUACGGAAGUGUCUUUUGGCCAGGACGAAUUGAGUUGGAAAAUGUUGCCUUGGAUGAGAUUGUGAUAUUCCGCCACAAAGAGGUUACUGUGUAUCCAGAUGAAUCAAAGAAACCUCCGUUGGGUGAGGGGUUGAACCGUCCAGCCGAAGUGACUCUCGAAAGAGUGUGGUAUAUUGAUAGAAAUACUAAGGAAGAGAUCAGAGACCCACUGAAGCUGAUUGAUCUUGGAUGGCGUGAUCGUUUGGAAAAGGUGACGGCACGUAUGGGCGCCACUUUCAAAGAUUAUCGCCCUUCAACUGGGAGUUGGGUGUUCCGUGUUGAGCACUUUAGUAAGUAUGGGCUACCGGACGACGAAUGUGACAGUGAUGUAGCCGUAGUUCCAAAAGCGCAAGGGGGAUCAGCUCAUGGCAACAUUUCUGCGCAUGAUCUGGACACGUCAUUGGAAGAGCAGCAUAUACAGUCAUAUGUGCAGCGAGCAAGAGUACCGAGGGUAGAGCUCCAUACCGAAGGAGACGAAUCGAAUCACGAGAUGAUCAUUGAGACAGAGGUUAACGUACUGCCGAGACGACAUGCAAAAUCGGAAGUGCAGGAAUUUCAGGUGCCCGAGAAGAAACCGAAGAUGGAAGAUGUGGUAGAGUACGUCUAUGAAGAAAGCAAGCGACUAAUGGAGCUUUCAACAUUGUCUGCACGACCCGUCCGUCGUAUAACACUAACUCGCCGUGAACCGAGCAAUGUGUUUCGUGGAGGAGUUGAGGCAAGUAAGACUGUUGGAUAUAAAAAGAGCAAAAUGAUAAAUGUCGCCUGCGCCCAAGGGUCAUCCAGCCGUGUCAGCUGGAGUGGACAGUUUUCAUUCAGCAUACAACCAACAUCAAAUGAGGUUCAGAUAUGUGCGCUCCAGUUUGACAGCAACGUUCCGAAGCAACUCAUCGUUGAUAUGCUCGAGCACAAUCUCCGAUUAUCACGCACGAUUCGACGAAAUGCUUCGACAAGCGCACGUGUGCGACAUUGUGAGAUCGAGGGACAACCUUCUGCUCCACGCGUCAAACCAGCUGAUGACAGUGCACUAGAGCUUUUGGAUUGCUUUCUGGCAACUGCUACACAGAGUGAAUGUGUCAUAGAGCAAAGGGUAUGGCGUCUAUGUCAAGCAUUGUUCCCUUCUGAUAAAUCUGGGCAGUGGCACUGGCAACGUUCUCACGAUGUAGGCGAAUGGCUUCGCGAUGAAGUAGCUGCCUUACCAAGUAAGAGAGUGACUGCGGGAACAGCAACUGUUUCACAAGUCUGGGCUCGAAUGUGCGCCGGUGAUAGUGAGGAGGCGAUGAGGAUCGCAAGCGAGGACGGAAUGACGAUGCUGUCGUCGAUGAUUUGCGAAGCUCUUUCGGCUGAAGAAAAAGGACGAGGAGAUUGCGCCGACAUGCUACAAUUGUGGGAAACAAUUGGUGAUAUUGGCACGAUGGAGGAAGACCUUCUCAAAAUAUACCUUGUACUUGCUGGCAAGACUCAUCUGGAGUUUCAACAUAGGGGAAAAACCGUUAAGUUGAAUUGCUUGGAAGGACUGGAUUGGCGACAGGCAUUCGGCAUUCACCUAUGGUGGGUUAACUGUGGAGGUUUUCUCGAGGACGCAGUUGAUUCGUUCAGUGAAGACGUUGCCGCUGGAAGGGCCGCCUCUCCGGAUUCACACGUUUUUGAGCAGCUUAUACGUCUGGCAUGUUCACCAAGUCAUCAAAUCGAAGCUGUCCUGGAUGCUGCAUCGAUGCUCAGUCCAAACCCACUGGAUGCUCAUUUGAGCUGGCAUCUAUGGUCACUGCUCCGAGCGCUUGGCUACAACACAAUGUCACCGGCUGCCGAGCAACGUCUUCAUACUUCCUACUCAUCUCUUUUAACAUCUCUUGAACUAUGGCAUCUUGCGAUAUUUGUACUUAGUCAUAUCAGUCAUGAUCAGUGCCGAACUGCGGCGAUUCGGGAGGUUUUGGAUCGUAUGUCGCUGACUGCUCGCUCGCAAGAGUACGAGCGAAUCGCUGCCACGUGUGAAAUUCCGAACGAAUGGAUUGCAUCUGCUAAAUUCGCUAAUGCAAAGGCUCAAGGAAACUACGAGCUGGCCUGCUCAUACGUGUUGACCGCCUGCGACUACGCGUCCGCUUUGCAGAUGUUCGCCGAAGAGGUCGCACCGAAUGCAAUCGCCGAUGGGUGA